UAAAUCCAUUGUUUUCAGGCUAGACGUCACUUAAAUUAGAGAGUGGAUCUGAAAAUAUUUAUUAUAAUUUUGAAUGAUUCCAACUAUUAUCGUGUAGACGGUGUUGGAAUUUCAUCUACUUGUUAAUGCGUAUUCAAAGUAUAGGCUGUAUAUUAAAUUAUCAAUAUACAGUUCUUAAUUGUUUACUGUAUUUCUGCGUUAUCCAAUUAUAUUUCUUUUGUAAAUAAAACAUUUAACUCAAACAAUUACAGUAUACAUGACAAAGAUUUUCUGUGUAAGUUUUAAGACAAAACGACAUUCAUUAAUAUGUGAAAGUAUUACAUCAAAUGAUUACUGUACGAGUUAAUAUCAUGUUUUAUUCAUCAAGUUACAACUGCAUAUAUGAUCUGUAAUAAACACUUUCAAUUGACUAGAGUGUAUGUUUAAUAAAGCAUUGCGAAAGUCUACUUAAGGUGGUUUUAUGCAAAUUUACAUACAAUUUUGUUAUACAAUUUAUAAAAUUUAUAUUAUAAAAAAAUAGCCGCGGAAAAGUUAUUUAACGCAGAGGCGCAGACAACUGUCAUCGAACAAUUUUUGAUUUAUAAUAGAAAUCAUCUACGAUAUUAAGCAACAGUAUUAAAAAUUGCACUAAAGUGGAUAGAGUAAUAAGUAGUUAAGCACUGUCCUCGUGUCAUAAAGUGACUUUAGAUUUUGGAAUAUAUGAUUUCGUAAUCCAACAGUAUUACAAUAAAACCAAUCAAGUCAGCGAAGUAGGAAGCCCUCCUCGUUGGAAUGCCAACACCGAUCAUCUUAGAUUGAAUGAACAGUUUCAGAAGUUCCAGUGAAGCUGAACCGCCACAUCAGUUCUGAGUAUUCAAACGAAACAUAGUAAUUUGAUGAUUAACUUGACCAACAUGUAUCGCUUAAUUUACAAAUCUUUAUUGGAUGAUGUGCGUCAGAGCAACGUAAGAAGUUUUCGAGCAAUUAUCGAGAAAUGCGGCUUGCCUCAGGACGACAACUGGUACGAUUAUGAUUUGCUCGUGAUGGCGGUACGUUUGCACCGCAAACGCAUAGUCAACUAUCUUCUGGACUGCCGAUGCCGCGUGAACAAGCCUUUUGAUGACAGAGUCAGAACGAACACUCCUCUACACCUGGCCGCGAAAAAGCCAGGAUGGUGCAAAGUCGUUGUGAAGAUGCUGAGGUUAAAGGCUCGUGUGACCGACACAAACUCCGAGGGAAACACCCCGUUGCACUUGGCCUUCAUCAACCGCUUACCCAAGCGUGUCAUCAAUAUGUUACUUCGAUUCUUUACAAAAUAUUCCCGUCGGAAUAUAGUAAAUCGCGAUGGACUUGGCUUGGUGCAUAUUGCCUGCGUGGUGAGCGACCGCGAUUGCGUUGAGAAGUUUCUGAACUUCGGCUUCGACGUUGGUAGAGCAUACACCAUCUCUUGCGUAUCGACGCUCGCACAAGGUUAUAUGUCAAAUUAUGCCGGUUACUCGCUUUUGCACUUCGCCGUGGAGGCUGGUAAUUAUAGCGUUGCCGUAUUACUUUGUGAAUACUAUGCCGAUAUGUAUAGCCAAGAUUACAACGGCUCGACGCCUUUCCACCUAGCUUUGGAGAAGCGCGACAUCGAGAUGAUCGACAUUCUCUGUAGUUACGAUAUGAUUAAUGACAAUUGCAUUAAUGACUUUGCCGCGUCGCACUUCAUGGCAGCGUGCAUCGGUAGCAAUAGCAACGCUGUCGAAAAGUAUCUCGUACGUGCCGAGGAAAGUCCCCGGACAUCGAUUCGACGUCUGUUGUACGGGCGCGUAUCGGACAACCCGAACUACCCCGACGCGGGCUACAGUGCUCUGCAUUUCGCCAGCGAAUGCGGCCGCGUUGACACGGUUUUCAAGCUGUUCGUUAACGGUGCUCACUUCACUGUGACGACCGAUAACUUGACUCCCCUGGAUCUUGCUCGACAACACAAACAUUACGAUGUUUGUAAACUGUUGGAAAAGCAUCUUAGCACUUGCGAACGGUGCAAUAAUUUAACGCUUACCAUUGAUAUGCUGAGCGCUGUUGGUGUAGGAAUUAAAGGAAUUGAAAACGAAAGAAACAUUUUAAAAAACGAUACGGUGUUCGAUUUCUCGCGCAAUAGAAUUUUCUCGUUCGCAAAAUCAUUUACUUUCGCUAAUUUUCUGUGGUUGUGUCAUAAUUUGUUUGAAAGCUGUUGAAUUCUAACGUCGUUUAGAAAACAUUGCAUCUGCUGUAAAUUUACUAUAUUUGGCAAUGAAAUUUCAACGAAACUUUUUCGUUUUACAAUAUAAUCAUGCGGUAAAGGUAAAAGUAAUGUUGCAUUUGCACUCCUAGUUCUAAAUGCGUAACUUGUACCUAUAUAAUCAAUAAACUUUCUACUUAAUCUCAAUAUGCGUGCUUAGCCAUUUGAUUGUAUGAGUUACAAUUGUAUACAAUUGUUUCGUAUGCUUGGUGAUUUUGUAAUUUACUCUCGUAAUAAAAUUCUGGCUCAUUCAGAGCCCGUCAUUUGCAUAUUGUAAAACAAACUUUCCGACUCUACACCUACUAUAUAUUUAUUGUCAUUCUGUGGUAUUUUCAGUGUAACUUUUACCAAAUAAAAAUGAUGCAAUACGUGCCUACUGCACGACUAGGCAUGAAAUGAAAUGUGAAA